AUGGAAACUGCGGACAUCGACUCACACCGAUCCUUGGCAUGGCUGUGGCAAACAGUGGCAGCGACCUGCUGCUGGGCUGUGAGCGAUGUCAUUUGUGAUGCCUGCAUACGCCCUCCUGCUGCCGUGGAGGAUGUAGACCCAUCACCGCCCACUCCAGAGCGAAAAAGCAACCUGCGGCGGCGGCGGCCCAAACCGCUAAGUGAUAAUAUUUCCGAAGAGCCGGCCAAACCUUUGAGAAGGGUAAACUCACCACGGCUGCGGCCAUGCACACAGCUGGUUCCCGAAGUGCCAGCUUUGGAUUGGUCGCUUGAUGGUGCGAGGGAGGAUCUAGAUCGCCUGACGCCCGAGCAGAAUGCUUUGAUGAGCGGCUUUGUAGCACUCAUCACGGCAGCAGCUUGCAAUCUGAUAACUGUGCCUAUGUCUCUUAGCUCUACGCGGCUUGCCCUAGCUGGGGUGGGCGGCUUUUUCCACUUCACAGCGUAUCUUUGUACAUUGUGUGCAUUCACGUCUGCUUCCAGCACUGUCAUCACGCCGUUGAUGCAGCUCUCGGCCCUGUGGAUGCUUCCCUUCUCCACCAGUGCGGCCACCUUGGGCUUCGCCCCUGUCAUCCGCCCACUUCAUUUGGUGGCAGUACUGCUGAUUUGUGUCGGAGGCUUUUUGCCUGCAGCUGAUGGUUGCCUUUCCUCAGUGGCUACCGGGAAGUUCUGGCAGCAAAGGGCUGUCAGAUUCGUGGUAUUGGGGGAAUUCCUCAUUUGCUGCUACAAUGUGAUACUCCACCAGGCAACUUUUGCUGAAGGUAAUGAUUCUGAUUCUGAGCUUGCAACACAUCCGCUUCAGUUCUUUCUGGCCAGCCGUGUUGCAAAUGGCCUGACCUGUGCAAUGCUUUUCUUGGCAAUCCCUUUCUUGCGUCAACACCUAUGGGCCUUGCGGAAGGUGAAGCGGCGAUUUUUUGCCACCGCCUUUCUGGGGGAAUGCCUGUCAAUGACAGGAGUUUGCUUGGUCACCUUUUCGUAUUCUGGCUUCUAUGAGCCUUCGGUUGUCAAUGCAGUUGAAGGUGGAUUGCAGCAGCUCUUCAAUUUGCUUUUUGCAGUGAUCUCACAUCGGCUGCUUGGUCUUGGCCGUGGAGUGGAGCAGGUGCCCGUAAAAUGCGCACGUUGUGGGCCUGAGCUUCAGCCGCGCAAACUGGUGCAUGCAUUGAAUGCAGAGCCGGCAUUGAAAGUGAAGGAUGCCAACAACGAGCGUCUCCUGCAAUUGCGGCUGCAAACAACUACCAUGAGCUCCUUUGCGGAGCUACAGAAUUGCAUUCGGCGCUGGCCAGGUACGGCUUGUGCUGUGGCGGCAGUUGGCUUGGCCGGAGUUGGACGCAACGUCCAGCUGGUUGCCCCUUACCGGGAGGCUUAUGGGACAAAGGAUGCCCUAGUCGCGCGGACCCGGCCAAAGUCCAACGGAGGUGUUGGGCCUUUACAUACGUUCAAAGUGGAGACCUUCACUACAGCUGUGGUGAUAGAACCUGUGAUUGAGCGCUUGCUGAAAUACCAGCCAGAGUCCAGUGUCAUGCUUGAGUUGCAAACUCCAGCAGAGUGCCCUGAGUUUGCCAAAUCUGCAGUAGCCUUUGACACAGAGGUGGGCCUUGCCGAACGCUUCUGCGGAGCUCUGGCAGCGUUGGCACCUGCCACUGCGGACUGUGGCGCGACAGCUUCCUGCCUCUUGGCGAAAGAGCUCAUGUCGCGGCAUCCAAAGGCUGCCGACAUGCAGGUGGCUGGUUGCAAAGUGUCAGGGGCCUCAAUUUGGGCAUUUGAGCCGCCAUACCACGGUACCAUCCAGGCCAUUCCAGGCGAAGAUGUGCUUGAUGAGGAGGCAGCACAGGCGGAAAUGCUGCAGAAAGCCAAGGCUGUGCCCUUGACACCGUUGCCUUUCGAGGUCACAGAGGAAGCACCAGCAAAGAUUGGCCGCAUCCGGAUUCUGCGCUGUUUUGGCAGAACUGUGUUUGUUGGGCCCCACUGGUGUUGUUCCUUCGUCAUGCUGGGAGUCAUUUUGGCGAUUGGCUCUUCUUUCACUUCGUACAACCGCACCAAGGGCAGUUUGCUGCAUAGUGUCCUGGGACUUGUGGCGACAUUGGCAUCUGCACUGUCCUUCUUGGCUUGUGCUCUGUCGAGUCCUGGCAUCCUCAAGCCAUCUCCUGGUAGUGCAGGAGGUUCAGGGCAUCCAGAGCAGUUUUUCGCAUCCAACGGCAAGAGGCAUUGCAAUGCUUGCGACCUGAAGCAACCAGCUGGUGUUCUGCAUUGCGACUAUUGCCAUGUUUGCAUCAUUGGCUGGGAUCAUCAUUGUCCCUGGAUGAACAAAUGUAUCGGUGAGGGCAAUUUGUUCUUCUUCAACUCUUUCCUUGGAGUCAGUCUGAGCUCUUUGGGCUACAUCGUCUUGGCCACGAUGCUCAGCAACUGGCUCUCCCAUUGCCAGCAGCGGCUCUCCACACAGCAAUGCUGUGCUGCAAUGGAGGCCAUCACUGCCGCCAUGCGACGGCACAACAGCAACGCAGCUGUGCAGGAGGCAGGAGCUGCGGCGAUGAGUGGAACAGCUGGCUGGGCGGAGCUGCAAGCAGCAGCAGCAACCAACGGUGCAGUGGAGGAAGUCGUGGGGGUACAUGCCCCAGUAUGCAGAUGUUUGCGAGCUUUUGGCUUCAGGUUGCGGUGCGUUGGCAGGCCGCGCUAA